ACAGAUACUUUCGUCCUACUUACUAAAUUUUCAUUUUCCGUUAAUUGUAGAAAUGGCCUAAGCUGUCAGAAGCUUCUUCUGAUGAGGAUAAAACAAUAACCAAAACAUGGAUCUGUCAAAAACUCCAAAUGAUAAGAAAUUAUACCUUUGUCGAUGGUAUUUUCGAGCCGGAUUUGCACUACUUCCAUUUCUAUGGGCUAUAAAUAGCAUCUGGUUUUUUAAACAAGCAUUUUUUGAACCAUACUUCGAGGAACAAAAACAAAUACGUAAAUAUGUAAUACUUUCUGCAAUAGGAGCUUUACUAUUUGCAAUAGCAUUUUCAACAUGGAUUGUGAUAUUCCAAACAAAUAGAGCAAAUUGGGGAGAAUUCGGUGACGUUAUUAGUUAUAUUAUUCCCACAGGUGUACCAUAAAAAUUUUUCUCAUAUAGGCAAUAAAAUUUAAUUCCUCAUUUUUUUACAAUAAAAUUCUUUAAUUUUACCUGCGUUUAAAAAUUACAUAAAAUCUAAAUAUAUAAAAUAUUUAUACUGUUUAUAACAAUAAAAAUUAGAAAAUUCA